UAUUUCGUAAACUGUUGAGGCAUUUGUACGUGUUUUCUCAUACUUUUUUUUGUUUCGUUCCCGCCGCGCCGCCGUCAUCAUCUGUCAGUCGUCAGUCAUUCAUUGUUGUUGUGCCGUUAGCCGCCGUACUCAUCGUCGUCGUUGUUCCUCAUAAUUAUCGUUGUGGGUUCUCCCACCCCGACAAAAGGAAUAAAAAAAAUUUACUUCAUUCUGUUGAUAAUAACCCUUUUUCGGGGUUAUUUUCCCGUGUUUUUCCUUGCAAGAGCAACAGGUGUUUGUGUUAUAUGUUAUUGGUGUAGAAGUCUACCCAUAACUUGUAAAGCUGCGCGCGGCGUUAUCAUAAAACGUGCAACGUUGAAAUAAGUCAUCAAUAAUUACCAUUGACGUUUAGUUUCACCUCAUCAGCGAGUUUUAUUUCAAAACGAAGGCAAUAUUUCAUAAAUCAAGACGAAAAAAAAAAGAAAAACAAAAACGUAAACGUAAAAAUUUAUAAAAAAAAUCAAGUGUCAUACGUCGUUGUUAUCGGUGUCUAGAGUCUGAGUGUAAUCAAAAUAACCAUAAUAAUAACAAAACAUAAUUUAAUAAAAAAAAACAAAAGCAACAUAUCUAUAACUCUACAACUCAAUAAUUUUUGCUGAAAGUGUUGACAAAAAAUAUUUAAAAUUUUUUUUUAAUCACCUCAAUCAGUAAGAACAUCACUCAAAAGGCCAAGAAAAACGCCAAGUGUUUUUUUGUUUUACUAUUUUUUGAUAUCAACAAAAGAUUGAAAUGUGGUUUCCCCCAACAAUAAAAACAACACCAUCACCAUAGUCAGUAUUGUCGUCGUCGUCGUCGCCGUCGUCGUCGCCGUCGUCGUCGCCGUCAUCGUCAUCAUUGUCUACAUCAAACGGCAAAUGUACAUUUAAAGAGAAAUUUCGAAUACAAUCAUAACUAAAAACAGAUAAGGGAGCGAAUAAAUUGCGAGUGAAACUGUUUUAACAAAACAAAAAAUAAAUAAACAAAAAUAAAAAAAUCCAUCUAUGACAAGUGCAAUUGCAUAGCAAAAAAAUUAAAAAUAAAACAAAAUAACAAAAAAUCAUUUUUUGAGAGUGUUUUGUUCAAAAAAAUAAAAAAAAAUCUCUAAAACAAAAAUUUUCCAGAAAAAUUCUUAAAAAAUUGAAUUUUUAUAGAAAAUUUUAUUUAUAUUUGUUUACAAGCAAAACAUAUCAAAUGUCGUUCAAGAGAAAAUAUUAUCGUGUUUUACUUUAAGAAACAAAGAAACGGCGAUAACUUCUUUUCGGUUUUGGUGUUAAAAAUCCCAUGGGAAUUGUUGCUCCUUAGUAUAGUCAACUUUCGAUCAUCCCAAAGUCAUCUUGACUUGCCAAUACCCACCGACUCUAUUUCCUCAACGAACUCUUCCAGUAGUAAGACUUCUCUUCUUUUUUUAUACCCAUACUGUGCCCCCCAAGAAACAUCUUAUCAAAUGGCCACAAAUUGUGAAUAUAUUGAGGAAAAUUUGACACAUCCAAAAUGUUCCAUCUCGAAUUCAGCCUCAAUAUCCUCCAUGACGCACGAGGAGAAACAGGAUAGCACUGAAAAAUCGCAGAGCAAAAGUUCUUUGUCAGAUAACUCAAUGUCGGAAAUGGGUAGCAGGGGUUCUCUAAGGCAAAAUGGCUUUCCCUCAGUGGCCAUGCAUCAUAGUGCCUUGCCUGCCAUGGGUGAUGAUGUAUUUGAAAAUGCUUUUGAUGCCUCCAUGGAUGAUUUGGAAAAUAAUGGCGAUAAUGAUGGCUAUGAAUCGGAUUCGGAACCCUCUUUGAAUGGGGACAAUGCAGAAGCGACUAACCAUAGCCUGCACCCCAGCAAGAGUGAUGACUUAACCUGCUCCACCGGCUUGGGUGUUGCUAGCUUGCACGCCUUCCCCAGGCCCAAAUCUUUUGAAUAUCAUAGCAGUGCCUCUGAUUCGGAUUCUGAGGAUGAUAUACCUCCAGCCGAGGAAAUCCAAGCAGUGCUAAGCAUGUCCCCCAAAUUCUUUAAUCAUGAUAUCUUUCAAAUGAGACCCUAUUUGCAUCCCUAUACCGAACGCCGCCGUCUUUCCCAAUGCAAAGAAGAGGAUGAAGAUGAUGGCGAAAAAUCGCCACAGCCACAAGUCAAUGAACCCAGCCCACCAAAGUUUGAGCGCAAUAACCGCCCCACACCUCCGCCUCCUCCGCCGGUCAAGGAUCAGGCUUCCGCUGAGAAAUUUAAGGAUUUGGAGCGUCUGAGGCAACAAUUUAUGACUAAAAUUGAUAGCAUCAACACCAGCAAUGUGGAGGAUAUAAAAACGGUUACAGUGGCCCCAGAGCAUACCUCUCCACCGCCUCCACCUCCGAUACCGCCCACAAUAUUACCGCCGGCUUUAAUAAAUCUGUUGGAGUCAGCCAAAUCACACUCUUCCCUCGUUUCCAAGGCUAGUGCCAAGGGACAGCCCAGCCUGAAAUUGGAAAUAUCCUCCCCAGAAGCUUCAACGCAAGAACCUCCUUCACCCUCAACGCUGAUAAUCAAAGGCAAGUUUACUGUAACCAAAACUCAAGAAACCCCCGAGCUUCCUCAACUGCGUAGUGAGGUUGACAAGCUACAGCAUUUGAAUGCCACCGCGAAUGCCCAGACCAUCAGCUUUCCCAGUAGCUUUGGUGGCUAUUCCUCAGUGCAGGGCCUGUUCUCGCAACGCUAUGGCAGCAACAAGGGCCCAGCUGCUCAGCCUCAUCUCUCGAAAGAGUUUUUCGAUACUUCCAUGGUCGAGAUACGCUCACCGGCCGAAAGUACUUCAUCUCUCAAUAAUGUAGGAUUAAAUGCUAGCUGUGAUAAUAGUAGUAUAAUAGGAACGCCCACAAAAUCAACUUACAACAACAAAGCCGCAACUUUGGGCCCCUCCACCGUAAGAGACUCUGCGAAAUUCCGUGAUUAUCCCCAUCUCGAUGAUGUUUGGAUCAAACGACCGUCCAAUACAGCGACUUCAGGGGCCAAUAGAACUUCUGAAAUGACCUCAAAUUCGGCGAGAGGUUCAUUGAGCUCGGAAUCAUCUUUGCCAAAGAAACAGUACUACACAGAUGAUAGUGCGGCCGAGAGUGGUCGCACCACAGCUGUGCAAUCGGAAGAUGAACAAGAUGCCCGCCUGCCAUCCUCAAGGCCGUCAAGUGCUCCCGCUGAACCGGAUUCCAAAGCAGCGCGCAAGGCCUCCAAAAAGAUGAAAGAAGAAGCCAGACGCCAAGAGAAAGAAGCCAGCCGCCGUGAAAAAGAAGCCCGCAAAAUUGAACGUGAAACCGCCAGACGUUUGGAGCGUGAAGCUGCCAAAUUGGAAAAACUUAAUCGCAAUGCUGAAAAGAUCUCGCGCAGCACCGAGCGCAUGGCUGCGACACCACGCUCUGGCUCACUGGAAAGGCGACGCAGUGGCGAAGAUUCGCCUGUUCUAAAUCAAUCGACAGUGCAUGGUAUAGCUAGUCCCAACCGUAGACCCACAAUAUUCGAUGUUUUCAGGCCGCGUGCCAAGUCAGAGGCUAAGAGACAAAAUAAACUGCUGCUCGACCCCCUGUCGGCGGCGGCAACGGCGACGGGCAAUGAUGGCAGUGCCAGCAGCACACAUUCGUCAUCGGGAGCGACAGGUGGCGGUAGUGGUGGUGGUGGCGGCACAAUAAUGAAUUCCAUGAAAGUAGUUUUACAAAAUUCCGGCCUUAUUGGUGGCAGCCACCACAAACAUCAGCAUCCUGCCGUAACGAUAACAUCGGCAGAUGGCACCACCUCCGCCAAGAAUAAGUACAAAGAUGGUUCAGCCCAUCCGCAUCAAGGUAGUGAUGCUCAAUAUUAUCACACUGUUACCGCUGUUAGACGUGCGGACGCAUCCCGCUCACCAAUGACCAAAGUUAUGGAUUUGUUUAGGCAUCGUUCCAAUUCUGCAGCCUCCGAAGCUGACAAACGUAAAGCGCGUGUGGCGGCGCACCAGCAGCAAUUGGCAGUACAAAGUGCUCAUAUGCGACGUGCUUCUGCUGAUUUGGAAAAACGUCGUGCAUCAGUUGGUGCUGGCAGUCGAGGCUUACGUGGUGAUGGUACUUUAGAUCCUCAUCACGCCGCAAUAUUGUUUAGAGAUUCAAGAGGGCUACCUGUUGCCGAUCCGUUCCUAGAGAAAGUGAAACUUUCAGAUUAUGAAGAAGAUGAUUCCCAAAUAUUUGUAAAAUUUUUCCGUUUUCACAAAUGUUACGAUCUUAUACCAACAUCAGCAAAAUUGGUAGUUUUCGACACACAAUUAUUGGUGAAAAAGGCCUUCUAUGCUUUGGUCUAUAAUGGAGUCCGUGCUGCUCCUCUGUGGGAUUCGCAAAAGCAACAAUUUGUGGGAAUGUUGACCAUAACAGAUUUUAUAAAAAUCUUAAGAAUGUAUUAUAAAUCACCGAAUGCCUCAAUGGAACAAUUGGAGGAGCACAAAUUGGAUACAUGGAGAAGUGUUUUGCACAAAGAAGUAAUGCCCUUGGUCAGCAUCGGACCAGAUGCUUCACUGUACGAUGCCAUCAAGAUACUCAUACACAACCGUAUACAUCGAUUACCAGUCAUCGAUCCAGCGACAGGCAAUGUUCUCUAUAUAUUGACACAUAAACGUAUCUUAAGGUUCCUCUUUUUAUAUAUUAAUGAGUUGCCCAAGCCGUCUUAUAUGCAAAAGAAAUUGCGUGAUUUAAAAAUUGGCACCUACAAUAAUAUCGAAACGGCCGAUGAGAAUACUAGCAUACUAACAGCUUUAAAGAAAUUCGUAGAGAGAAGAGUUUCAGCCUUACCCUUGGUAGAUACCGAAGGCCGUCUUGUGGAUAUUUAUGCCAAGUUUGAUGUCAUUAACCUUGCGGCCGAGAAAACAUACAACGACCUUGAUGUGUCCCUACGCAAAGCCAACGAACAUCGCAAUGAAUGGUUUGAGGGUGUUCAAUGCUGCAAUUUGGAUGAAACAUUAUACACCAUACUUGAGCGUAUUGUUCGCGCUGAGGUGCAUCGUCUAGUGGUGGUCGAUGAAAAUCGUAAAGUUAUUGGUAUUAUCUCCUUGUCCGAUAUACUUCUAUAUUUGGUACUGCGGCCAAGCGGGGAAGGUGUUGGAGGUUCGGAAAGUUCUCUUCGUGCUACAGAUCCAGCGUUGCAGCGUAAAGAGACCACCGACACCGAGGAUUCUGACAACAAAUCGCCAUCGGUUGGCUCAGGCAGUCGCAGUCUGAUCGAAGAUAUACCCGAGGAAGAAGUGCCAGCUACCACCACCGCAUCGAAUGCCUCCUCCAGCUCCACAACGCAAAAUGAAACCGAUGCGGUUUCAUCGCAAAUUGUCAUAGAACAGGGUAUUAAAGCCUCGAAUUACGCCAAUCAGGCCGAAAUAUCGUUUGCCGAUGAAGCCGAAGAAGAUGGUGAAGAAAACAGUCCAGCCGAAGAAGAGGAGGAGGAUGAAGAUGCAAAAGAUGUGAUAAGCGGUAAUUGUGAUAGUUUUCAAAAAUCCACCACAGAUGAUGAGCCCACAACCACAGACCUGUCAACAACAACAACAACAGCUGUUUCUUUAACACAAAACACAACUGCUGCUCGUGAAAUGGCUCUCGUUAGUGAGUAAUGCUUACCUUACGUGAUUAUUGUUUAAUUUUAAUUCUAAAUUUAGUGCAAAGGAAUUUAUAAUUUACCACAAACUUAAAAACAAAACCAAACAAAAUCUAUAAACAAAUUUUAUUUAUUGUAAUACAGAAACACCCAGCAAAAAUAAAACCACCAAACAAUUUUGUCUCAACCAACUACUUCUUUGUAACUUCAAUUUUUCCAAAGCAACUUCAUUCUCUAUUUUAAUCGGACAAGAGUUAGAGAACACUAUUGCAAUUUGCAGACCAUGUAAAUUAUAUAGAUUUGCAGUAGUUUUUUUUUUUAAAUGCCUAGUAGAAAUCAAUUUCUUUCGUUUUGUAAGAUUGUAGAGAGAGGUUUAAAAAAAAAUUGGAUGAUGAUUUUUUUUAUAAAAAAAAAUAAUUGUGAAUUGUUUUUUAACUAUAAAAGUAAUAUUUUAAGCGGUUUAUCAUACAAACAAAUAAAUGAUUAUUGAUUAUAUUAACUUAAAGCCAAAUACGUUAAAAUAAUUUUUAUGUUUUUUUUUUUGUUUUUGUUAGUAGCAAUACUGGAUAAUGUUUGCUUUAUGGCUUAUUCUUAUUCAAAAAAGUCAAACAUACUCCAGUAUAAUUUUUAUAUAUAAAAAAAAUGUCCCGCCACGAUAUUGCUAGAGAAAAGAAAACCGCUAAAACCACAGUAAAAUAACACAAACUAAAAAAGGCAAUAGUUGAAAAGAUUAUAGAAUGAUUUCCUUUCUAAAAAACACAUUCUUAUUUAGCCAUGAAAAUUUAUCAACAAAUUUGACAAAGAACAUUUUAAAACAAACAAGAAUAUUAAUUUUUAAUAAAGCGCUUAUACAAAAUUUAUUACUAGAAAAACAAACAAAACAAGAGAAAAACCACAAACAUAUAUUCUUUCGUACAUCAUGCAACAAAAACUAAAGAGAAAAAGAAGAUGAAGAUAAUGUAACCUAUAAACAUAAAUACAUAUACUUGCAUAUAUACAAUAUUACAUAUAAUAUUAAUAAUAAUAAUAAUAACAAUAAUUAUUAAUUAUUAAGUGAUAUUUAACUUAAAGCUAAAGUGUAAUGAGAGUGUAGUUUCUUAAUAUUAACUCAAGGCAAACAUAAAAAAAUGAUAAAUACAAAUAAUAUUAACAUUGGAAAAUACAUUUUGAAAACAAAGAAACAUAUUGUUGAAACUUAAA